AUGGCGACUACCAGUGAUAAUGCUCCAAAGAAUAAAGGGAAACCAUCCCUAACACAAGAUGAAGUGAUACAGAAGUUCCAGACAUUAAGAAAUGAACAACGUCAACUUGCUUUGAAGCUAUCUGAGCUGGAGCAGGAUCUGCACGAACACAAUCUAGUCCUGGAAACUCUGAAAACUGCAGACCCAGCUCGACGUUGCUAUCGACUAGUGAGUGGAGUCCUUUGUGAGAUGACCGUAGCUGAUGUCUGUCCUGUUGUACGCAACAACAGUGAACAGCUGACACGUUUGAUAGCAACACUUAAGGAACAACUGGUCUCUAAAGGACGUGAACUGGUUGAGCACAAAGAACGCUACAACAUCCGUAUACGUGGAGCACCUGAUGACCGUCCACCUCCUGGUUCAGAAGAAGAAAAACAAGGCACAGGAGCUGUGGGCAAAGAACCUUCUAGUGUUCUGGUUGGAGGUAGCAGUGAUGCGGCCAUUGUUAAUUGA